GAGGGCAGAGCAAAGCCUGAGCGAGGAGAAAGAGGAGGUGGAGAAACAGAUCCAGAACUGCUUUGGUCAAUUUGCAAAAAAAAAGAAAAAGAAAAAGAAAAGAAAAAAGAGGAGGGAAACGGUUUCUAAAGAGAUCAGUAAAGUAUCCAGGGUUUCCUAAGAAACUGUUGCUGGUGAAGACUGCAGAGAAAUUAGGUAUGAAGAUGCCAUGGCCAAAACUGCUCCUCUUAGUCUACGCUUCUUUCCUGUCCGCCAAAGGUGCAGCUGUCAAUCGGGUGGAGGAGAAAGAAGCCCUGGAAUACCUGAUGCAGUUUGGCUAUCUUCAGAAGCCUCUGGAACAGGUCACAGAUGGUUUCACAAAAGAAGAGAUUGCAGAUGCUGUGAGGUCCUUCCAGAUGGCCUCAGGAUUGCCUGCCAAUGGCCAAGUGGAUGCAGCAACCCUCACCCAGAUGCAGCAGCCCCGCUGUGGUGUCGAAGACCCCUUCAACGAGAGAACCUUUAAAUAUCAGCUCCUGGGUCGCUGGCGCAAGAAGCGUCUAACUUACCGGAUCCACAGCCACAGCACGGGCUUGGGGGCUGCAGCCACACGCAUGGCCAUCCAGACAGCUUUCAAGUACUGGAGCGACGUGGCACAGCUCACCUUCCAGGAGGUGCGGACCGGCCGUGCUGACAUCCGCCUCUCCUUCCAUGGUUCCUCUCCUUGGGGCUGCUCACGGCCCUUCGAUGGGCGUGGAUACGUGCUGGCCCAUGCUGACAUCCCCGAAUUAGGCACCGUUCACUUUGAUUCUGAUGAGGACUGGACAGAGGGGACGCCCCGUGGGGUCAACCUGCGCAUCAUUGCUGCUCAUGAGAUUGGCCAUGCACUGGGAUUAGGUCAUUCGCGGUACCCGGCUUCGCUGAUGGCACCCACCUACAGCGGGUAUCAGGCACGCUUCCGCCUGCACCCCGAUGACAUCAAAGGCAUCCAGGCCCUCUAUGGCAAAAGAACUAUGCCAACAACAACAACAACUGUGACCUCUCCUGCGCUCACCACUCUCCCUGCCAUCUCCUUGCGGCCUAGUAAAGUCCCUAACCCAUGUAAAGAUGGAUUAGACGCCAUCAUGUUGGGACCAUAUGACAAGACCUAUGCCUUCCGUGGUGAUUAUGUGUGGACAGUGACAGACUUUGGAGCCAACCCACCUUUGAAGAUCCAGGCUUUAUGGAAGGGGCUGCCCGGAUGGCUGGAUGCUGCUGUGCAUUCUCCCCGGACUGGGCGCACCUAUUUCUUUAAAGGUACUAAGCUGUGGCGUUACCGGGAUUUCAAGCUGGAUCCUGGCUAUCCAAAACUCCUCACCCGUAUUCCACCUAAGAUAGAUGCUGCCCUCUACUGGCCAGGAAACAAGAAGCUCUUCUUCUUUAAGGGCACUAGCUACUGGCAAUGGGAUGAACUGGGCUGGAGCCCUUUCACCAGUCUUCCAAGGAAGAUCUCCAGCCUUUUCACAGGAGCCCCAUCUGACCUGGAUGCUGCGUUCACCUGGGAAAAUGGCAAGAUGUAUUUUUUCAAGAGGCAGAAAUACUGGCGGCUCAAUGACCAACUGCGGGUGGAGAGAGGCUACCCUUUGAGCACAGCUGAGCGCUGGAUGAACUGCUAACACCACCCACAGGUGCCCAAGCAUGCUCCCUGGGACUCAGAACAAGUUCUAACUACUCAUAGACUAAGCAGUGAGGAUUUUUAAAAAACAGACCAGACAGCACCCCCUACAGGUGGCAUUUAGGAACAACAACUCCUCCGGAAAGGACCAGGGAAUAUGGAGACGGAAAAUAAUUUGACACUUUUGUAAUCCCUCUUGUUCCUGGUGGACUUUACACUGACAUAAUAAACAUACUUAUCUUUUCUAAUGCCAGAGUCUGUAGGCAUCCCAUUUCCUUUGGCAUAAGCAUGAAUGGCAGCAGGGGCUAGCCUGGUUUCAGGACAGACCAAGUGAUGGGGGAACCAGAAGCCGAGAAGGGAGAAUCAUUGAAGGGUUAGACAGUCUUAAUAGCAGUGAAGGUGAUGCGAUAGAAGGACCGUGAUGUACAAUAUGCACGCUGAUCACACUGCAAUCUCUCAUGAGACAACUGGGCAGGUUUUUAGAGCAACACAUUAACAGUUCUCUCCCCCCCCCCCUUUGUACACACUAAAAGGACUGGGCAUCUUUAAGGAAGGCUAAAAUUUCAGCAGAAAGCACUCCUGCAAAAUACACACAGAAACCCUUCCUGCCUAUGUUUGUGAUUUCUAGUACAGAACCAGAGGGCUAUUACAGAUUGAGUAGCAUGGAACACAAUCAUAUGAUCUUACGGAUCUGGCCAUAUGUGAAGAUGCCAGUGUGCAGGACUUGAGCAAAUGUAACUGUGGUGGCAUCA